AUGAAUGCUAGGACAGUAAUCUACGAAGGCAACUGGAUUGCCGAUGCUAACUGCAUAAGGACGGCUCACAAGCGUCAGGAGUCUUCCACUCACAACAUCCAACCCAUUCCAUCGUGUUCUCGCUGUCUACGGACAUUCUGCGUACGGAUCAGCCCAAUCGGACAACAACAACAACAACAACAACAACAACAACAACAACAACAACAACAACAACAACAACAUGACAGCUCCAACGCUGCAACCAUCAUGGCGGCCAUGACAGCAACCACCAUCACCACCGGUCGACAACCUCUCGGUGCCUCCAGCCGUCGCUGUCACUCAUUAUUGUCAGAACGUUUUGCGGCGAAGAAUACCAUCCCUUCCAUUCUCACCACCGAUGAGAACCUUCUCGCCGCUCGCAUAACCCCCGAUGCGGACUCGACUCCAACCUGUCUUCAUUGCGACUACACCUUCACGUCACACAUCGGCCUGCUCGGUCACUUAUGA